GGUGCGGUGGUGGCUGUGCGCUAACUCCGUCGAUAAUCCCGGACUCGCCACGUAAUAGGAGCUGAGCUCGGCGAGCUUAUCGGUGUUCGUACUCGUGCAGACUCUCUCACGGCUCUGACGAGCGAAGAUCGGUCCGUCGAAUGACACCGAAGGGAGCAACAGGAGAGAGAACACUCCGUGUUGAACAAUACUCUGGCUUUCGGUUCCGAUCUCAAAAAAAGCAUGGACAAGAUAAGCGUGGAUGAGCUAAAAUCGAGUGGGGAGCCCUUGCUCCCCGAUCUCCUGUACAAACUCACCAUCGCAGCUGGAGCAGGUGAUACCGUCCAAGGGAAUAGCGAGGUCGAGGUGGAGUUACGAUUGAUCCUGAAGGGUCAGACUGUCUUGGAGUACUCUGAUAAACCCUUCGUCAAACACCUGGACCAGAUCCUGCCCACCGGGUUGAGUAUUGCUCUAUCUACCAUGUGCCAAGGCGAAAGAUCCCUUAUCUGGAUGGACUCUUCUCUAGCCUUCGGCCCGAACCCGGUUUUAUUGGGACCUGGAGUGAAGAUACCUAAGGAUUCGAACCUCGUUUUCGAAGUACAGCUCAAGUCGUGGAAUGAUAAGCCUGCGCCGAGCAAGCUGCGAUUCAAGAACAGAGCAACGUCCGAAAGCUUCUCGCUGAUUCAAGCUGAGCUUCUGAAGGCUGAAACUCUCAUGGAAAACGGCAGGAAAAAUCAGGCUUAUGGAUUAUUGAAGAGCUGCUUGCACUCGGCUCGAAGACUGAAGAUCGACUGUGAGAAAGCGCGGGAGGAGAACGACGCUCGGGAGAAUCUGGUUCACUACCUGACUGUGAAAUCGGCGGGAUGUGCCUACGAGCUGGGAAAAUAUCCUCAGGCAGUUAGCCUUUCGAAAGAAGCCCUCGAGAUGGACCGAUUCGACUCCUAUGUGAAUUACAUCUGCGGGUGUGCGUGUUUCUCCCUUGGACUCUUAGCUGCCGCUAUACGCUACAUGCGUGCGGCCCAUCACAACGAUCUGGAGAACCCGGUGUAUGAGAAGAAAUUGCGGGAGAUCGAGAAACAUCAGGCUCUGCUGGAAAAAGAUAUCGACUUCGAUUCCGACAAGGAAGAAACGGAGGAAUACGCUGCCGUGCUGCUACAGAAACUCACUCUCAAUGAGAAGAAAUUGAGGAGGGAUAUCAAGAUUUUCGUCAACGAACAAUUCGAGACAGAGAGAAUUGUUCUCGUAGGGGGUGGGUUCCGACCGAGUCUCCUUCGAGGAAUAGCGGACAAAAUCCAGGAGAACUCCAUGAAGCCUGGACGCAACCCUGGAAUCCGUGUCAUAAAUACGAAAGAUGACGUCUUGAAACUAAGCCGUUGA